CCUCUCCCUCGCUUUAAGUAGAGCUCGAGUGUCCUCAGUCAGCACGUCAACCAAUCUUUUUCUUUGCUCCCGAGAACCUCUUCUCUCUACUGCUCUCGAUGGCGUCUUCGAGAUCUUCAUCGCUCGUCUGCAUCGCCCUUCUUCUCGUGAGCAUUACCAGCUCCGAAGCAAGAGACUUCUUGGUCGGAGGCAAUGUCAACGCGUGGAGAGUCCCACCCACCACCACCGAUUCCCUCAACCAAUGGGCCGAGAAGAACCGGUUCCAAGUAGGCGACUCCCUCGUUUGGAGGUACGACGCCGGAAAGGACUCUGUGCUGCAGGUGACCAGGGAGGCGUACCUGAGCUGCAAAAAGACGAGCCCGAUAGCGGAGCACAAGAACGGGGCGACCGUGGUGGAGCUGCAUCGGUCGGGGGCGUACUACUUCAUCAGUGGGGCGGAAGGGGCGUGCGAGGAGGGGGAGAAGCUAAUCGUGGUCGUGAUGUCGGAGCGGCACUCGCUUCGCGGCCUCGCUCCGGCUCCCUCCCCCGCAGAGUACUCCGAAGGCCCAGCGAUCGCACCAACCAGCGGCGCUUCGAGGAUGGAGAAGGUCCUGAAGAGUAGCGUUGCAGGCGCUCUGCUGGUUCUGGGGAUUGUACUGUGACAGAGAGUGACUGCGUUAGUUAGUCCUUGGUGAUGCGCAUCAUGAGUCUUGAUGUAUGGUUCUUACAUUCUUUUAUUCGACAUAUAUAGUUUAUUAUUUGUGAGCUAUACGUCAUGAAUUGAGAUUAUAUUACA